UAGUUUACUCCCGCGAUCAAAAAGCUCUCCUCCCCACUCUCUUCGAAUCCUCUCUCGUUUUCUCUCUCUUCUUGAUCGCUUGAUCGCUUGAUCGCUCGAUCGCUUGAAGAUGCUUCAGUGUAUCUUUCUCCUCUCCGAUUCCGGGGAGGUGAUGCUGGAGAAGCAGAUGACGGCGCACAGGGUGGAUCGAUCCAUCUGCGCUUGGUUCUGGGAUUACGUGCUCUCACAAGGUGGCGAUUCAUCAAAGAUUUUGCAGGUGAUUGCGUCUCCCACACACUAUAUUUUCCAGGUCUAUCGCGAGGGGAUCACGUUCCUUGCGUGCACGCAGGUCGAAAUGCCUCCUCUUAUGGCGAUUGAGUUCCUUUCCAGAGUAGCAGAUGUGCUGACAGAUUAUCUCGGAAGCCUGAAUGAGGACUUGAUAAAGGAUAAUUUUGUCAUCGUAUAUGAGAUAUUGGAUGAAAUGAUGGACAACGGCUUUCCCCUUACAACAGAACCGAACAUCUUGAGAGAGAUGAUAGCACCACCAGAUAUUGUUAGCAAAAUGUUAAAUGUUGUCACCGGUAAGAGUUCUAACGUGAGCAACAAACUUCCAGAGGCAACAGCGUCCUGCGUUCCUUGGAGGAAAACGGGCUUGAAGAAUGCAAGCAAUGAGGUCUACGUCAACCUAGUUGAGGAACUGGAUGCACUGGUGAACAGAGAAGGGAUGUUAGUAAAAUGUGAAGUGUAUGGCGAGAUUCAAGUCAACUCUCAUCUCCCUGGGCUUCCUGAUUUGACCCUUUCAUUUGCAAACCCUACAAUCCUGAAUGAUGUUAGGUUUCAUCCGUGUGUUCGAUUCCGGCCUUGGGAAUCGCAUCAGGUCCUGUCAUUUGUGCCUCCGGAUGGUCAGUUUAAGCUCAUGAGUUACAGGGUUAAGAAUCUGAAGAAUAUACCGGUUUACCUGAAGCCGCAACUGAGUUCAGAUUCUGGGAAUUGUCGCAUCGAUGUCUUGGUUGGAAUCCGAAAUGACCCUGGAAAAACAAUUGAUUCUGUAACAGUAAAGUUUCAGCUGCCGCUAUGUAUUGCGUCAGCUGAUUUAACCUCAAACUAUGGCACUGUGAACAUUCUCGCUGAUAAGACUUGUUCUUGGUCUAUCGGAAGAAUCCCGAAAGACAAAUCCCCAUCACUCACAGGUAACUUAGUUCUUGAUGGCAUGGAUCGUCUGCAUGUAUUCCCCACCUUCCAAGUUAAAUUCAAGAUCACAGGGGUCGCUUUUUCGGGGUUGCAAAUAGAUAAAUUGGAUGUCAAAAACACGCCAAGCUCUCCUUAUAAAGGUUUCCGUGCCAUCACUCAAGCAGGACAAUAUGAAGUUCGGUCAUAACAGUGUAUACACAGGCUUUGUCACAGUUGUAUACCCGCGGGCCAAUAUUUGCUUCUUCUCAAAGCAGUUAAUGACAAGUCAGUAGCUGGCUAGCUGCUUACCGUUUGGCCAUAGAAUUCGAAGCUUCUUGGUGUCUAUUUCAGAAGGGAUAUAGGCAAAAGUGACACAGUACAUACUUAAAGUUACCCUGCCCAAUGUAAAGCUAUUCCAGCUUUUACAACCGCGAUGCUGUUGUGGACGAGUACAUUGUGGAUGCAGUUAAGUUGUCAGUUGUGGCGCGUUAUGUUUUGCUGCUUUAAGAUUUCACUUCUGAGAGGCAUAUACUGUUUCUAAUUCUAUAGAACAAGCUGCAGUCACCAGGAAUAAUAGCAGGAGCCUAGAAACUGAAUCAGGGGAAUUGCAUAGCCCGAGACUACGCACAGCAUACGGUAGCAAUCCAUUUUGGUGUAAAACAGUUAUAUAUAAGUGCCGAUGCGGAGUGGCGGUUUGUUGCGGACUCAUUUUAGCUGCUUUAAUGUUAUUGAUCUUUCUACUGAUCAGUCUGUUAUUUUUCUUUUCAGUCUUUUUACUUUUCUGAAACAGAACUUUUUAGUUGUCAUGACAUUUACAGUUCCAGAAACAGUGAUGAGAACAAAUUUAUCCACCCAACUAGUUCACUACUUGGUCAGCUGAUUAGAUGUAAAACAUAGUUCCGUGAGAAAUAAUAUAUGUGGAUGUUGUGAUUGGUUAAAAUA